AUGCAAUUAAAUUAAAGUCCCAUUCCUUAGGAGAAACUCAGUUUUCUUAAUACUCUCCUAGACAAGGAGCUUGAUAUGCUCAAAUACAAUAAUGUCCCAAGCUAUCUCUAAAAAACAUAACCUUCCUCCUAUUUUGAAUAAGAAUCAAUUCAGCAUUCUAGCAUUAGAGCUCUAAGUAAUAAUCCUACCUCUUAAACUAAACGCACUACCAAUGGGGAUUUGAAAGAAAUCUAAGAUAAGAUUGUUACAAUUGAAGCAAGAAUUCAAAAAAAUAUUGACAAGCAAAUCCAACCUAAUCAUUUAGUGCAACAAUAGGAGAUCAGAGAUUCAGACGAGGAAACGCCUUUAAAGAAUAAAUACCAUCAUAUUUAAUCAUCACAUAAAAAACAGAUUAAAUUUACAGAGUAAGAACAGUCAACUAAAACACUCAAUAAGUAGUCAUUUCAUGAGGAGAGGAAGAACAAAUUCUAAUAAUUAGAGAAGAACAUUGAAAGUGCAGAGAACAAACUAUCUCAAUCUAAAGCAUAAAGAAAAUCUUCAAGUCAAGCAAAAUCAAAGAGUAAAGAAAAAUCUCAGAGUUCUUUACAAAGAGGGAUAAGCACUCAAUAAUAAGAUGUUUAAUAACUGCAAAUCAAAGUAUCUUAGUUAAGAAAAUAAUGGGAAGAUGAUAGGGCUCAAUUACUUAAAGAAAAGCAAAAGAAUUAAUAAAUGCAAUAGUAAAUGGACUAGUUAAACAAAAAAUUGAAGAAGGCCUUACAAUAAAAUGAGAAAUAUGGACAAAUUGAGUAGGAAUAAUAGCGAUUACAAGAAAAUUUUGAGAAAAGCGAAUUCAUUAGACAAUAGUAAAAACAAUUAAUAUAAACUUUGAAAUAAGAAAUUGAAGAUUUAAAAUCAAAUAACAAUAAUACUAAAAGUAAAUCAAAAAAGAAAGGGUUGGAAGAUAAUAGUAAUAAAUACUUAAAUAAAUGA